GACCACGUCACUUAUUGCUAACGGGUCGGAGACAGGGAGAAGAGGCGGAGACGAACGUAUUAUGUUGAAUUUAAAGUAAUAAUGGCAGGGAAUUUAGGCGAGACGGUGCGAAUAUCAGACAAGGAGGCGUUCAGAGUGUUAAAUCUUCCGCUGGGGGUGGACAAGGAGGCUAUCACCAAACGAUACAAGAGUCUUUCAAUUAAACUCUCAGCUAGUCGAUUACAGGAGGACAAAAAGAGGUUGGAAAUGGUGAUUGCAGCUUAUCGGCAACUCCUUCCACCCAUUCCUAAGUGCAGCAAUAGGAACAAGACACGACACAAAGGGCAUUCGAAAAGUGUUUAUGAAGAUUAUGAUUCUGAUGAAGCCGGCUCGGAUAAAGAUUGGCGAGUGCUGUGUCGGAAUGGAGACUCGCGCUGCCAACUUUCCCAGAGUGUGGUGGAUUUGACGGAGGAGGAGAGGGAGCGAAGGAAAGUGGAGAAGCGGAGAGCGAAGAGGAAGAAGAGGAAGGAGAAGAAGAAACUGGAGAAAAUAGAGACGCAAAUAUUGAAUAAAGGAGGCGAAAAGAGAGAAGACGAGUCACCCUCCGAGGAAGAAGAGGAGGAGGAGGAGGAGGGCGAGGGAGAGGAGGGACAGGGAAUCGACCCCAACUCUGCUUUCGUGGCUAAUGCUGCAGCUAAGUGGGGGGGUGGGGGGGUGGGGGGCAGGCUGGGGGAGCGUGCCCCUCGUACUCAAUCGCACCCUGCCCCACCCCGCCCCCAGAGCAGAGAGGAGAGGAUGGAUCAGGGAGCAGAGGCCACACCACUACCCUCGGCCUGCCAAUUAGCGAAACGAGGCAACGAGGCAGCCAAUGUGGGGCAGUACGUGGCGGCGAUUAAACUGUUCUCGGACGCCAUCGCUCUCGACCAGACCGACCAUCGAUUCCUCGGCAACCGGUCUUUCUGUUUCAACCAGCUGGGGUACCACGAAAGGGCCCUACAGGACGCAGAGAGGGCCAUCACUUUAGCACCGCAGUGGGCCAAGGGACACUACCGCAGGGGAACAGCACUCCGAGACCUGGGCAGGUUCGUAGAUGCAGAGGCGGCCUUCAAGGAGGUGCUGAGGCUGGACGAAACUUGCAAGGAAGCUUACGAAGAAAUUAAACAAAUAAUGAUUAGUAGAAUUAUCGAAAUGGGUUUUACUCAAGGACAAGCUAUCAGUGCUGUUGCCAAAUAUUCUACUGUGCAGCCAGCCCUGGACGCCCUUCUGUCAGGUGAAUUUAGGGAAGCGAUAGAAGAUGUGUUUUAUUCAGAUGACGAAGACGAUUUUGUGAAGAGAGCGAAGAUGAGCAGGGCAGGGACUAAGGAUGCCAAGAUGAACUUAAAAGGACACAGCCCACAGAACCCUGAAGGCCUGACAUCUCUCUGGGUUGGCAACGUUGUCCCUGAAGUUACCGAGAAAAGUUUGUCACAGCUCUUUGCAAAACACGGGGAGGUGACCAGCGUAAGAGUGCUGAAGGAUAAAUACUGUGCCUUCGUCAACUUCACUACCAAGACUGCCGCUGGGAGAGCCAUGGAGGCGUUACAAGGAAGAGAAUUUUGUGGACAGAAACUUUUAAUUAAAUUCCCAGACAACCCUAUUCAACCCAACGGUGCCCCUGCCUCCGCCGCCAGAAGGAUACGGCAACAUUUAAAUCCAGUUGCAUCUAAAAACACCAUCACCCCCUGCAACGGCGCGACCACCACCACCACCACCAGCACCACCACCACCACCACCACCACCCAAGAGAAACUUAAAGGCCCCGUAAAUGGCGUAGAAUGCUAUUUUUUCAGGACUUCUGGUUGUGCAUUUGGGGAUAAUUGUAAACAUCAGCAUAUUUUGAAAAACCGCGGUAUUGAUAGAAGGUCGUGGCAGAAGCAGCAGUGAACGGCAAGGAUGGUGAUGAUAAAGGUCGAUU